GUAGUGGAAAGCUCUUGCGCUGUUUCCGGCCACCUCAGCGGGAAGCGGAGACGCAAGCAGCUGGAUCUCCGGUAACUGAGACAUAGGGUAUAACUGUUGUCGCGGCGGAGGAAGUGAGGACGGCGCCAAGGGCCUUCCGGGCCAGUGUUGGAUCCCUGUAGUUUGUGAAGAUGGUGUUGCUAACAAUGAUCGCCCGAGUGGCGGACGGGCUCCCGCUGGCCGCCUCGAUGCAGGAGGACGAACAGUCUGGCCGGGACCUUCAACAGUAUCAGAGUCAGGCUAAGUAACUCUUUCGAAAGUUGAAUGAACAGUCCCCUACCAGAUGUACCUUGGAAGGAGGAGCCAUGACUUUUCACUACAUUAUUGAGCAGGGGGUGUGUUAUUUGGUUUUAUGUGAAGCUGCCUUCCCUAAGAAGUUGGCUUUUGCCUACCUAGAAGAUUUGCACUCAGAAUAUGAACAGCAUGGAAAGAAGGUGCCCACUGUGUCCCGACUCUAUUCCUUUAUUGAAUUUGAUACUUUCAUUCAGAAAACCAAGAAGCUCUACAUUGACAGUCGUGCUCGAAGAAACCUAGGCUCCAUCAACACUGAAUUGCAAGAUGUGCAGAGGAUCAUGGUGGCCAAUAUCGAAGAAGUGUUACAACGAGGAGAAGCACUCUCAGCAUUGGAUUCAAAGGCUAACAAUUUGUCCAGUCUGUCCAAGAAAUACUGCCAGGAUGCGAAGUACUUGAACAUGCGUUCCACUUAUGCCAAACCUGCAGCAGUAGCUGUAUUUUUCAUCAUGUUAAUAGUGUAUGUCCGAUUCUGGUGGCUGUGAAAUAAUGAAUACAGUCACUGGUAAGGGAGAACCUAGAACCCAGUAGGUGUAUAUUUUCAGGAAACUGAGCUCACAGAGAUGUGUAUUAGAAUCCAAGUGGAACUUCUGCCUCUAAAGACCUUGCAAGAAAAGAGAUGUCCUGAAAAUGAAAGGUUGCACCUCAUUUAAUGAAGUUUAACCCUAUGUAGAAAGUCUCUUUCGGGGGCAGAGGCUUUCUCUGGGUGCCAAGCCAUAUAUAUUAGGGAAUAGUAGAUUGUUAUUUUGUUUUUUCCCUCCCAGUGCAUUUUAAAAACAGCACUGGCUGGGGCAUUCUCAUUCUCUGAUGGAGCCAUCAAUGAGAUUUAACUUAGUCAACCUGUGCUAGCAACAUUCUGAAAUUCCUUCAAAGAAGGCAGUCCUUUGGGAAGGUGUUUUUUUUGUUUUGUUUUGUUUUUUGUUUUUGACUCUAAUCAACAUUCCUUUUGUUGGUGACAUUUGUGAUUUUCAGUGAUCUGAGUUUUUGAUGGCCUUUUAAACAAGACUCCAGUAUGUGAAGGUUAAUUGCUGUGCUCCACAGAUCUUGUCUAUUGGCCCCUGUAGAAAGUUAACCUUUGUUGUUUUCCUUUUAUAAUUUGCUUAUUGCACAAUUGCUUUAGGGUAAGUGAAUUAUAUUAAGAUGCCUUGAAAUUAUAGCACUCCUUGAUUAAGAAGCUAAAAUGUUUCUCUCAUUUACUCCUUAAACAAAAGACUUAAAUUAGUUUGGGUCAUUAUUACUUUUAUUUUGCAGCAUUUGGUUUGUUAUUAGUGUAAGAGCAAGUAUAGGAUAUGGAGAGGCCCCUGGCUUCAUGAGAACAAAGGAAGGCCCAGGUUAUAAUUACAGCUUUCUCCUGCCCCUUCUUUACUUUCUCUACCACAGUUUUCUCCACUGUUUGUUUUCCUCUUGCCACAAUUUGCUAACAUUUAAAAAAUUUUCCUGCACCCAGUAGUUUCAUAUCCUGUAGACAUCCUCUUAGGACAUUCUCAAAUUUCAAAAUAAAAAAUAUUCAUCUAUGUAGUUAAUUAAAGUUAAAAGUUUUUGCAGAUCAACUACUCAAACUACUAAAUACAUUUACCUGAGAAAAAGUCUCUGGGAGCACUUCAUUCCUGUUUUAGUUCGUGUAAAUUCUCUGAGAAUGUUCUGGAGAUAGAUAACUCAUUUACAGUGGUUUCUAUUAACUAAUUAAAGUACCCAUGAUUUUUUCCUUUUCUGCUCAGGGAUGAUGGAGAUUUCCUUUUACCUUCUGAGGUAGAACUUUUUAAUGGGGAAAAUAGGCCUUUUAAAUAUUAUUGCCAGGGUCUGCAAUAAUAACUUAAAAUAAUAACUUAAAAUUCCUGUACAUACUGCAAAUAUUUCUUUAAAUUGCACAGGAAAAUGAGCGAACUUUUUAUUUCUUAAUAUCUUUGGCAAAAAACUUUAACCAGUAAGCAAUUUUAUAACCCUGAGGGAUCAUCAAAGAUACUAUCCUGAUUCCUGGUAAGGAAAAAUAUAUUAUUUCCUUAUAACAAGGCAAGGAGAAAUGCUAUUUUAUUCCUGAUAAUUUAUAUAACUAGAAUAAUUUUUUUCCUUUCUUUUAUGGACCUAAAUCUGCCAAUUGGGAAUUUUGUGCAUGAAAUAUGAAGUUACUUUUUAUAGAUAAUCAGUGCUUUUAAGUCCCUAAAAGGCUCCUGCUGAAGUAAUGAUGAUGUUAAUACUAAAAGCCUUUGAAAGGCUGAAAACCUACAUAGUGGUACCAUAGUAUUUGGAGCUUCUAUAGGAGUGGAGAGGGGCAGCUCAUUGUUGAGAGUUGCAUGCUGCAACCUAAUGGUCAGCAAUGAAAUAAAUACUUGUAGAAUGUUCA